CACAAGCUAAGCAAGGGUACCAGCUUGAUCGAUCACCGAGUACUCACUUCUCACUAGUCACAAGUGUUCCAUUUCCACCGUGCAAUCUAGCAAUGGCUUCUUCGGUUGCUCUGGUAGUAGCGAUAGUAUUCACCAUGGCGCAGCUCUCCGCGGGGAGCAGCAGGAGGCUGAUGGAGCUGUACGUGCCUCCGGAGAGCGACCGGCUCAGCUACCACCAGGGCGCCGUGCUCAGCGGCGACAUCCCCGUGUCCAUCCUCUGGUACGGCAAGUUCACGCCCGCCCAGAAAUCCAUCGUCUCCGACUUCCUCCUAUCGCUCACCUCAGCCCCGAACGGCGCCGCCACGCCGUCGGUCGGGCAAUGGUGGGGCACCAUCGAGCAGCUCUACCUCUCCAAAGCCGUCACCGCCGCCGCCAACGGCGCGGCGGCCGGCUCCACGCGCGUGCUCCUGGGCGAGCAGCUGACCGACGAGGACUGCUCCCACGGCACGUCGCUCACCCUGGACCAGAUCGAGCAGCUCGCGGCGCGCGUCGGCGCCAAGAAGGGCGGCGUGGCCCUGGUGCUCACCGACGAGGACGUGGCGGUGGAGGGGUUCUGCAGCAGCCGGUGCGGCCGGCACGGGUCGUCGCAGGACGGCAAGUCCACGCACAUCUGGGUGGGCAACUCCGUGAAGCAGUGCCCCGGCCACUGCGCGUGGCCGUUCGCGCAGCCGCAGCACGGCCCGCAGGGCGCCCCCCUGGUGGCGCCCAACGGCGACGUCGGGAUGGACGGCAUGGCCAUGGUGCUCGCCACCAUGGUGGCCGGCACCGUGAGCAACCCGCACGGGGACGGGUACUACCAGGGCCCCAAGGGAGCCGGGCUGGAGGCGUGCACGGCCUGUUCCGGCGUCUACGGCAGCGGCGCGUACCCGGGCUACGCCGGGAACCUGCUCGUCGAUCCCACCACCGGUGGCAGCUACAACGCCAACGGCGCCGGCGGGAAGAAGUACCUGCUCCCGGCGCUGUAUGACCCCGCCACUGCCUCCUGCAGCACGCUGGUUUAG